AUGUUUUCUCUAAUAUUGGUUGCAGAUUCUCAUCCAAGUUCAAUGCUUUUCAGCUCUGUAAUUGCUGAACAUUGCACAAGACAUGAAAAGAUUUUGCAGUUCCUCAUGUCCGGAGCAACUGAACCAGAGGGAGGCACAGUGGAUUUAGCUUUACUUUCUGAGUUGAUGGUUUUACAAUCAUUGAGAAUUGAUUCUCAGCAACAGCCAAGUCCUCUAAUCUACCCUAGUACUUACGCCCAAAAGCCUCUUUUGGACUUUGUUGGAGAUCUGAUGGGUAGUUCAAGAAUUACAAUUCACCCAGAUGGGCGAGUCUCAUUCAAUGGUACGGGGACUGAGGUUAAGGAUCUACUUUCAGUUGUUGCUGAGUUUUACUUGUCAAAAAGCUCAGCUACGUGGGAAAAGCAGUCAAUGCUUGUCCCACACUAUAGUAGGCUGGACAGCAGUGAAAUACGAGUUCUUGUUGAUGGGAAUACUUUGAAGCUUCAAGCAACAACUGUUGCUCCUUUAAAAAGCGCUGAAAAAGUCAAGGUCAAGUCACCAAAAAAGAAGAGUGGUAGAAAGGUAUGCAGAGAGCGGGAUCUCUACAAGAAGAACUACUUUCACGCAUGUGAGAACCUUAUAUCUAUAAUGGUUGACAAGAGGAGGAAGCAUUGUAAAACAGCAAUCCUUUCACUAAAAAAGUCUGGCCCAGAGCUUCCUGAGCUCCUCACUCGUUUCUCUGCCGGCAUUGCUGGGACUGGCCUGGCCGUGCUCUUCUCGGUCGUGUGUAAAUUAGCUUGUUCGAGGGUACCCUUUUGCACUACAAGACUCUUCAACACCGGAUUAGGAUUUGGGCUUUUUUG